UUUCCACUUUACAGUUAGUUAUGCUGCUGGUCCUUUAGCUGGUGCAAUCGGUCGGAAAUUGGUGCUACUUUCCAGUUCGAUGUUAUUAAUUGUCUCCUUUAUUAUCCUAAUGAUUGCACCUGAAGUAUGGGUUAUUGUUUUGGCGCGAGCCCUGCAAGGUUUCGCCGUUGGUUUCGUUAUGACAGUGCAGCCCAUGUAUUUAAGUGAAAUUUCAACUGAUGAAAUAAGAGGUGCCACGGGUUCACUUAUGCAAUUGUUUAUUGUUAUUGGUGUUCUUUAUGCAUAUGCUAUAGGUCCUUAUGUGUCGUAUCAAGCAUUACAGUGGUUUUGUUUAGCAGUUCCCAUAGUUUUUGCUGCUACUUUUAUUUUUAUGCCCGAAAGUCCCUAUUACUAUAUUACAAAGGGUCGUCAGGAAGAGGCUUCUAAAGCUUUGCAAUUUUUACGUGGACAAUCUGAGGAGUCGAUAAAGGAGACCUUAGUUUCUAUAGAAAAUUUUAUACUGGAAACUUCGCAACUGAAGGGAAGUGUAAUGGAUCUUUUUAAAUUAGCCGGUAAUCGUAAGGCAUUUAUUAUAUCAGCGCUUCUAUUGGCUUUUCAACAACUUUCGGGAAAUACUGCAGUACUUUUUAACACUCAAACCAUUUUCGCAUCCGCCAAUACGCAGGUAGAUGCUGCUAUUGGUGCUAUUAUUAUCGGUAUAGUACAAGUGGUUGCUUCGGGUUUAACGCCUUUCAUAGUCGAUCGUUUGGGACGCAAGAUUAUUCUGUUAACCUGUAGUGCUAUUAUGAGUAUUGCUUUAUUUGCUUUAGGUGCAUAUUUCUAUAUUGAACUUAAUGGCCAAGAUACUUCAAAUAUUACAUGGUUACCACUUACAUCGCUGGUAAUUUACAUGAUUACGUAUAGUGUAAGUUUUGGUCCUCUUCCUUGGGUGGUUAUGGCGGAAAUAUUUCCGGCCAAUGUCAAGGCUAUAGCAUCUUCUUUAGCGACUUCGAUUUGUUUGUUGACAGGUUUUAUAAUAUCGUAUUUCUUUCCUUUGUUAAAUAACAUUGGUACUUUUUAUAUAUUUUGGUUAUUUGCCAUUUCAUGUCUUAUUGCCUUCUUCUUUAUACUAUUUGUGGUAUUUGAAACGAAAGGUUUAAGUUUGCAAGAAAUUCAAAAUAAACUUAAUAAAAAGGAUCUAAAUUAAUUCAAUAAAUUAACAUUUAAAGAUUUUUUAAUCGUAAUUAGUUAUAUUUCAACUUUAAUUAUGUUUUAUAGUUUGUUAUAUUAAACAGACGAUAUGAAUAGAACUGCCGAUUAUUAAAGUUAACGUUAAUUCUCCUGGAAAUGCUCUAAACUUUCAAGUUUAAUUAUUAAUAAUUUUGUAAUUAAAUAUUUGUAUUUGAAAGUUAGUUGUUGAAAUCUUUAAAUAUUAUUUUUUGUUUAAUAUUUUUUAUUAAUAAA